AUUCUAGAAGUUGAGAAGUGAGACCUUCGCCGUUUCCAGUGGGCAGUGUCGAUAUCGGGGUUAUCGUGAUGGUGCUCGCGAUUGAACACAGUGCUGGCACUGUUACGCCCUAUAAGUAUUUCUUGGCUAAUCUUACACAAUAUCUAGACGCGGUGGCUGCUUUGAAUAGCAGAAAAGAGCGAGCUUUUAUCGGCCAAUCCUAUACUCGAAUUACCAGUCGGAAAAACAUAGGAUGCCCUUUUCCCAGGAACCGAGGGUACCGCCGGUGUCAAACCUCGAUGACUACGGUACAAUACUCUUUGACAUGGGCGGACCUUCAAGCUCCAGAUGCUUACUUGUUCUACUCGGCUUAGAGACAUUUAUAACGCUCACAGCACCCUUUUUGUGUUCCUGAUUGGGAUCACUUGAUAAUUAUCUGGACAGCCGUGAGGAGAACUGCCAAAAAUUGUUCGCGGAAGAUGA